UUAUGGCAUCCUUGAUGUGUCAUCCGCCAACCUCAAUUAAAACUUCUUUAAAUUUUGUGCAAAUUUGGUCCACAUUAGUUCACAAAAGUUAGUGCCAAAAUCAUGUAUAACUUGAAGAAAACGUGUUUCUUCGCAUAGUAGAGCUUUUAUUUAAUAGUAUCAAACGGAGUGGAAAUCGUCUGCAUUAAACUGGAGCAAGUUUUCGAGCAGCAGUCGUAAACAAUAGCAGUUCAAAAGACUUAAUUUAAAAUGGCAGUAAAACAGCACGUCACGGAGCUGGGCCACAGCCAGCCCAAGUACGACAUCGAAUCAAUGUCGAAGAUGAUAGAGCUGAUCGCAAUGCUGCAGGCCAAUCCAGACUCGAUCCCGUCGAACGCAACCUCGCUUAAGGCGAUUUGCGAGGAGAUUGUACUUCACUUGACGCACACGCCCGCCAGCAGGGAGGUACAGGAAAUAAAGCUGAUGAAGUCGGAAAUUGGGAAAAUUUGUCAAUUCUUUCGAGAUCUUGAGCAUCGCACCCCGGAACACUACGGCGACAUCGUAAGCACCUGUUUGAAGAAGCUUUACAAGCACAUCAUUACGGAAGAUGAGGUAUCAAACUACGGAUCGGCAAUUCUGGUUUUGAUCGACAAGGCAAGAAUCAAACCGGGUGUCCAAUGGAUUCUACAGGAAGCUGAAAAUUCGAACGCGAUCAAGAAAAUAUUCAAGACUCUUGCGGGCUGGCUGGAGACCAUCGAUUACGCGCCUGAUUUAACAACGUGGGUCGUUGAGAUUUUAAAUGGACUGCGGGAUCAGCAGAAAAAUGACAUAUUUCUGGAGCUAUCGUUGGAUAUUAUCCACUCGUACUUUAAAAAGUUAUCGAUUCCACUCUUCCAACCAAAACUUGGACCUGUUGUCCUAUGUAUUUUGAAGUCGAUUCGCCACACCCCCGCGGUAUUCCAUUUGAUUGUACCUAAGGCACCGAAGGCACUUCAUGAUCUAAACAAAUCCCCCAAUUCAUACGAUUUAUUGCUAUGCUUCGUGGAUACACUGUCAGCUUUAAUGCUUCAUUUUCCAGUUUACGAUAACCGUUACAAGGAACUGGAAGAAUGUCUGCAGCAGUAUCCUCGGUCGGACAAUUUUCGCCAGGCGUUGGAUGUUCCCCAAUACAAGCAGUACAGUUUCCAGAACAUUGCGGUGGUACCGACAAACGCCAAAGUCGGUUUAGUAAACCUGGGAAACACGUGCUACAUGAACAGCGUUUUGCAGGCAUUGGUCAUGACGAAACAGUUCAGCCGAGAAAUUCUGCUGUCCAGAAUUGACGAGCCGUUGUUUUACCAAAUUCAGAAACUGCUGGCUUUGCUUUUACACUCGGACAGACCGGAGUUGACGCCGCGAGCGUUGCUGGUGGCAGCACGUCCUCCGGAUUUCGUGCCCGGCUAUCAGCAGGAUUCGUCAGAGUUCCUCGGUUAUUUGCUGGAGAAAUUACACGAGCAAGAGAGGAAAAUGUACAUAGAUAAAAAACCAUGGAACACGCACGAAGGUGCUCAAAAACUUAUGGCCGGAAAAGCAAGUGGUACUACCAACAGCAGCAGUGGGGAAGAGUCAAACUGCUAUCCUCCCUCUCCUCCUCCGACGGCUAUACCACAGGCCAGCGAGACCACGUUCCCACCAACAUUGAUUCAGAAGACCUUCGACGGCAAACUUUUCGUUACAUACCAGUGUGGAGUAUGCGGUUCGAAAAGUACCAACCUUGACGCGUUCCGAUCGUUCGAAUUGUCCUUUCCAGAGCCGACCAACAUGUCAAAUUACACUGUACAGAAGCUGCUGGACUUUUAUUGUUCCUCCGAGAAGCUGAUAGGCGAUAACCAAUACUACUGUGAUAACUGCAAGCAACUGUGCGAUGGAGAGCGAUCGAUUCGGAUCAUAAAAUCGCCGAAAAAUUUGAUUCUGACGCUCAAACACUUUCAGUAUGACCAACAGAGACACACCCGGGCAAAGUUGAUGAACAAGGUGUUGCACGACGAGAUAAUUUCGCUGCGAGUCGUUCCGGAGCUGGAACCGGCCUCGAUCGUACGUUAUUCGCUUUACGCUGCAGUCGUGCAUGCGGGCACCAGCAUGGACUCUGGACACUACUACACCUAUGCACAAGACAAGCCCGACUGUUGGUACAAGUUCAACGAUAAUUUCGUCACCAAAGUUUCCGUGGACGAACUUCACACACUGGCCAGCCCAAACACACCGUACAUACUGUUUUAUCAGUUGAUUCCUACUGCUGGCGGUGGCAUAAAUUCCAACAGUUUGGAUUUGGACGAUGAUAUGGAGCCGAGCGUAAGUCUUGGAACAGCUGGUACGGAUUGUCAGCUCCCAGAACUAGAAGAUCUUCCACUGCAUUUACGUGAAAUCGUUCAUGGUGAUAAUCAAUCGUACAAUGAAGAAAUCCGGAGUGAAAGCCGCAAGAAAAUUCAACAACGGGCACUUGGCAUCAACAAGUUUGUGCUACCCAGGAACCACGAUUCGGACAAGGACGAUCCACCUCCAAGCUCGUGCGGUGGCAGUUCGGUCGAUUAUAGUAAUCGCUUUAUCUACUAGUGGAAUACUUCACGAUCAGAAGAGUAUUUAAGCGUUUUGAAAAUGUACUACUUUGCAGUCGUUCAACAAAGAUUCAGAUGGUAAAUAAACUUUUGAAAAAAA